UGCCGAUAUUAAAUGGUUCUCUUGUCUAUACACCGAUGGAAACAACUAUUUCCCCAUUUUUGUUUAUUAAUAUAAAAUAUAUGUAGCUCACCUGAAUGUGAACAUACACAUCAGAACACAGCAGGAAAACCUUUGAGUGUUUUUUUUCUUUGCUAACUACUGUGGGUUUAAACAGCAGCUCUGAUCAAACUUGUCCGAUUGUUGCCGGUUUUAAUUCUUCAUGGAUUUGAUCUUCUCGUCUUGUUCAGGGAUGUCUGAGGAGCUGGCUGGUCCUCCCUCCCCCACACCCUCUCUCAUAGAUGUGAAAGCAGAGACGCACCUGGUUCUGAAGAGUUUCCUCCGCCAUGCCCUCUCUCUUCCGCUCUCGGAUCGCCCCGGCAGGAUCGGCGGUGCAUAUUGUGACCCCAACAAAUACAGCGCGCUGGUGAAGGAGAAACAGAAGAAAGACGAGAGCGGGUGGGACUCUCUGGAUGAGAAGAUCAGCGCGGCGGAGGAAAGGAAACACGAUAUUAAAAACCUGAUCAAAAGACGCCUCCGGCCCCGUCCGCGGCACGGCAAGAAAGAUUCCGCCAAUGACCCCACCCUGAAAGGCUCUGUGGACAAGCAGGGGGCGCCGGCUGCACCACUCAGGGGCGGCAGCGUUCCUUCUGUAGUGCAGAGCUUCACGGAGGAUGUAAAAUCCUCGGCAUCGGAGGAGGAAACCGAACAAAAGACUGACGAGAAAAAGAAAAAGAAGAACAAACUCAAGCUGCCGGAAAUCUUCAGGAAAAAAAGCACUAAGAAGGAAGAUGUUCGGCCGACGCGUCCAGGAUCGCUGCCUAUCGAUAAGGAGGUUCAGCCUCCCAAACCCGUUCUGUCUCCAACUCACCCUCCUGCAUUCUACGACGGCGUGGCCGAGAAACUGGACCGGAUCGCACAGCGAACCGUGAGGAGGAAGUCCCCGACCAAACCUGAAGCGUUCAAACCCAAAGAGGAAAACAAAGAAAAUAAAGAAGCCAUCGUACAACAGCUGGUUCACCUGCUGACCAUGGAGGGAGACGCUAUGAAUGAAAAGAUUGAAGCGAACCCGUUCCUGCGAUCCUCCCUGAACCGCCUGUCCUACGCCUCGUUCGCCAGACUGCUGGACACCUACGCCAACGAAACCAUAGAACCUCCCCUCCCGGCUCCUGAAAGCCCCACCCUGCGGCGUGUGGCCAUCACCAUGGAGGUGACGCGGCGGGUGGUCACCGCGACGGGGGUCACGCAGCGCGUGGAAGGUUACGCGGAGCGCUACAUGGAGAACUUCGCUCCCUGGGUGAAGAGUCAUGGUGGAUGGGAGAGCAUCGCACAGAUGGAGGCUCAGGAGUUCGACUAAUGGAAGUGAUUUGAGAUGUGUAGAAUGUUGGUGCUUUACCUCGUUUUAAUACAGACUAUGCAAAAAUGUGCACAAAGACCUCGGACAUCAACACUACUGAUCACCAGUGUGACUUUUACACACAUAUAUUUAUGUUUAUUUGAAAAUGUGCUGAUGCUGUUUUUUAAUGUACAUUUUUAUAC